UUGCUUUGAUUGCAGCCUUUAGCUCCUCGUUGUUUCUGGGUGUUUCUCAUCUUCCUCCUGUCAAUAUUCUACAGGUUCUUUGUGGGUGUCCUGUCAGGUGAGCUGGAUUGACAUUCAAACACAGCAUCACUGUCACAAAAUCUUUUUUGUAGUAGCUUUGGCAUUGUGGUCAGGUGCCAAGUCCUGUUGGGGAAAAAAAAUCCCAGCAUCUCCUUAAUGCGCUCAACACUCCUGGUAGACUACUGUGUUGACUAUGGUCUUGUUAAAGCACAGUGGGCAACAACCAGCAGGAGACAUGGAACCUGAAAUCUAAAGACUGUGAAAAGGUCACACUGGAUUGAUUCACUACUCUUCAGAGUUGGUAAUGGUCUUGUUACAGACUGAAGAAUAAAUCUAAUCUUUUGGUGUUGCUAAACCCACAGACUCUAGUCAUUUUAGUUAUCAUAAGCCAAGGCAAAUUGGUCUGGGACACCAGACCGCUGAUGUACUUAACACUUUUGUCCAUACCACUGACUGAACUGCAACGACAAAAAAAAAUACACAAAAUGUAGCGAUCUUGUUAUCUAGUUUUAUUGUGGGGACAAGGUAUUGUGCUGUGCAUAAGAUAAUUAACCUGUUUCCACAAGAUGACUUGCACUCACGUGAACAUUAUCUGUGUUGGAUACAACUAUAUUGUGUAACGCGUUGUAAGGAUGCCUAGCCCAUGUUCACACUUUAAAGAAUGGAAGGUCCACAUGAAUGAACAUUUUGACAAGCUUUACUGGUUGCAGAUCUGGGUUACAGCUUCAUCAUGCCGCAAGUGUAACAACAAAGACUGGUCUGAGACUUUUCAAGUUUAUAUAGCCAUCCACGUUUCCAAACAUUCUGCUUGCAUCUUGUUGACCUGAAGGAGAGUGCAUGUAGGGUAACAACAAAGCACAACAUAUUUUGAAAGCCAGAGUGAUGUUAAACAUGGGUACAUGGUCUUUGUUUUAUGAUGGUUGUCAGAGGCCCCUGGCUCCAGAAAUCUAGCACCAAAGUAACCAAGGUAUUUGAGUGACACAGCUCUACCACCCUAAAGGCUGACAUGACUGACUAAAGAAAAUCACCCCAACACAGGUUAUUUUUUUGUUCCCAUAAUAUUAAAAAAGUACUUUGGGGUUUUUUCUAGGCUACAAAAGAUCAUGUAUCUACUGAUUUUGUCAAGAGGCAGAAUGCUCAGAGACAUUGUUUAAAGCCUCUACCUAAAUAAUGUCUGAAUUUCACGCCAAACUGAGACAGAAAAAGGUCAAUCUUAUUUCAUAUAAAAAGAUUAACACAAAGACCAUAAGUUAAAUUAAUAUUUACAAAUGGCUUCAUCCAGUUACAACUGGGCAAGGGGUUUAUCUACAGGAAACUCAACAGGAAAGCUCUUAACUGGAGUACGUAAGAGCGAGCACAUUACUCCCAUCCUGGCCUUCCUCCACUGGUUACCUGUGCACUUUAGAGUUCAUUUUAAGAUUCUUUUAUUUGUUUUUAAAUCUUUAAAUGGUCUGGCUCCAUCUUACCUCUCUGAGCUUCUCCACCCCCUACACCCCUGCUCGCUUGGUGCCUCAGGUCAGCUGAUCAGCUGCUCCUGGAGGUACCGAGGUCCAAACUGAAGCUCAGAGGGGAUAGAUCUUUUUCUGUUGAAGCCCCAAAAUUGUGGAACAAGCUACCCCUCCAAAUCAGGCAAGCCCCCACACUGUCAAUUUUAUAACUCGUCUUAAAACCCAUUUUUAUUAAUUGGCUUUUUACCCUUCAUGAGACUCGGCUCCUGUUUAAGUGUUUUAUGGUUUGUUUUUAGUUAUUUGUUUCUAUGUUUUUAAAUUAGUUUUUAAAAACAUUGAAACUAUAUUUUACUUUUUUAAUUCUGCUUUUAUUUUAUCCAUUGUUUUCAUUGUUUUUUGAUUGAUUUUUAUGUCUAGUUGUUUUGUCCAUUUAUGUACAGCACUUUGUUCAGCUGUGGUUGUUUUAAAGUGCUUUACAAAUAAAGUUGAGUUGAGUUGAGUGUAAGUUUACUGGAGAAAAUAACUAAAUUGAAUUGUUUCUCAUUUUCUGAAUGCCACUAUUGCUUUUUUUUUUUUCUUUUCUUUUACUCAACUGUAAGGGUACGCUUUUCGGAAAGUUGUUUGGACUACAAACUCGCCCGAGUCCUACUACAACUCCACUCAGUCCGUAAGUCCGCUGGUAUCCCAUGAUACCUUGGUGUGACCUCUCAGAUCACGCGAAGAAGAAGUUGCAGCUCUCGCUCACGCUGUCUGGUGGAGGUGCUGGCUGGCUAACUAUCGCUCGCUCUGAGAUCAUGGCUGCCUCAAAGCCAGUCGAGCCGCAGAGCGGGACUGGACUGCCCCGCUGGCAGCUGGCCCUGUUGGUCGGGACUCCCAUUGUGUUGGGGGUGGGAGCGGUUUACCUGUGGAACCGCAGCAGGACGAAGGAGAGGAAAGGGACCGGGGAGAGGAAAACACCUGAAGGCAGCGCGAGCCCCGUGCAGGGCCAAGACGGUACAGCACGAGCCAACCGGGAGCAGGAGAACAUGGUACCGUUACAGCUACUCAGAGACUCCUCUCUCCUCUGCCACUAAUGUUACAUUAGCCACGUUAGUGCGGGUUGUCUUGAUGCAGUGAGGAACUUAGCAUUUCUAAUUUCAGAUGUCAUUGCGGUUAUGGAACAGUCAAGGACACCUUACGUUUCUGACAGCCAGUGGCAGCUAGGCCGAUAGCGGCUGAGGUGCUCUACUGAAAACUGCAUCCUAUCUAGUUAUAGUCCAUAGCGGCUCUGCGCAUGCGCUAGGUCACACUCCGGCGUUUAUUACCUGAGGCAGCGUAAUUUGAAAGAGGAUAUGAGCGAGUUUAGAUAAACUGUCGUUUACACUUUAAUUGAAUAGUUUGCAUCAGAGUGCAAAACCUGGUUAUCUUUACAUUUCAGUGGAAAUGAAGUGAGUAGGGGUGUAAUAUCAAAUGAGUCUGAAUUAGGUACAGAAAUUGCCAAUAACAUUCAGCCCUAUUCGCUUUUCCCGAAAUAUUAGCGGGAACUUUUUUUAUGUUUGUAAAUACACAAAUGUAUGGAAACAUACUCACCACAUCCUUAAAAUGUAACUUUCUUUCUCAGUAAAAAGGUGCAUGUCGCGGGGAUUGAAAGCUUUCCGCUAAUGAUUCACCCCACGGUGGCUCUUUUCGGUAGGGCAACACAUUUUGACAGAACACCGGUGCACAGCAGUGGAUUAAUAGUCGGACUCAAAAUGCUACCUAGCUAUCUCGUUAGCCAAAAUACGGAGGCAGCUGGUUAGCUCGCUCUUGUAGCUAGCCUUGUGGCAUCUGUCGGUACAUUAAAGCAAGCAAGCAAACAUGGUUGAAAUGAGCAUGUAAACACAGUUAGUAAAAAAAACCCUGAAACAACUUGUUUAAUGGCUCAGCUUUGUAGUGUUAUGGGACAUGCUGGCUAUCAUUAAGAGACGGCAGAGUGGGGCGGGGUUGGCUGUCAUUUGAAUGAGACUCACGGCAGAGGUAGUUUUAUUGUAGCAGUGGAUCAAGCACAUAGAUGUCAUCUCAUGCUUUCGGUUUUAGGCAGGGAUAAUACGCAGUUAAUGUUUGAACUGUGCAGGUAUUGUGAAUCUGGAAUACUCACAGACGAUGUAUUCACAGUCGAGGGACAUAUAAUCUACAAUUUAUUGGUAUAUUUACGAUGUCUGCAUAUACUCAAGAAUUUUCAUCUCCGGACUAGACUAUCUAAGAAGGUCCAGAAACGUCCUAUAACGCACUUUCAGAUUUGUAAAACCUUGAUUUUAUUUGUAAAAAUGCGGAGAAGAGGAUGCUAUUGCUUUUGUUUUUCUGUGAAGAUCCCAAAAGACCAGGUCCUGAUCCAGUACCCCACUAUCUAGAUUUUUCAGAUUUGUUCUAAAAGUGUGGCCUUUUAAUGCUAUUGUGUACCUCUGACAAAGACUUAGUUAUCAGUAAAACGUCAUGUCACAAAUAAGAGAACUUUCUAGUAAGUGUGAAGGUGUAAUUCAAUAACAGAGAGAGUGAAUGUGUGAUUGAAAAGCUUUAACUAGACAGGAUUCAAUCGAGUCAACAGGUAAUUUUCAUGUGCUUAGGUCAUGCAAUUCAUGUGAAUGUCGAGUUAUACAGGUGGCACAGGUGUGUUGUUUCUGAUCAGAAUAAUGUAGGUAAUGCCUGAUAGGAGGCUAUGAUUGCACAACCGAUGACAGUUUGGAUUCACUUUGAUUUAAUCUUUAGUCCCUUCAUGGUUUAUACAUUAACAUUUUGUGUUUGUCCAAGUUGAUAUAUUAUCACGAUGUGUGUCAGUCUGUUCAAAAUGUUUUCAUGUCUACCACUGGAAUAAUUCAGCUUUUUUUUUAUUUCCAUGCUUAGUAGCAUAUCAGAUGUUACUACUAAGACAUUGUAACUGUGGACAAAGUUGUCAAACGGUCUAUGGCUUUGUCUUCCAGUCAGUUUAAAGGCAUUCAAUUCUUUGUUCACCCUUUUAGUUCACUUGAAAUCCUAUUACAGUGUAAGAUGCUGAAGGGAUACUUAAUUGUGUAGAAAACAGUCUGUGGGCUCUUCAACCCUUAAGCCACUCCAGUGAGUCCAUGGGGGAUAAUUGAAUCAAUAAAUGUUUUCUUUCUUCUCUCGACAUUUAGAGUCCAUUGGACCGGGCCCAAGGAGCAAAAAACAAGGGCAACAAGUACUUCAAGGCCGGAAAGUAUGAGAACGCCAUUCAGUGCUAUACAGAGGCCAUUGCUCUCUGUCCCACAGAGCAAAAGACUGAUCUAUCAACGUUUUACCAGAACAGAGCAGCGGCCUAUGAACAAUUGGUGGGUGAAGGCUUUUCUUAAUCUCUGCAGAGAUUAUUGUUCUUGUUUUGUUCUUGAGAGAGAGAUCCAAGUGAUGAACAUUUUCAGAGGAAGUGAACCUCUCAAUAAAAUGAGUGUCCCAUGCCGUCUGCCUUGAUGACGGUUCUUUUGGAAAAAUUAACUAUACACAACAUCAUAGCUAUUUUUUUUACAAGAAUCUACAAAGUCUUUAGUAACAUCUCAAGGGGAAAUCACUGGGUUUGGGUGCUUGAUGGAAACAAUAAUCAAUUUUGUUCUACAGUACCGCUCAAUGGUUACAAGGUAUUAGGGAGGGUUUAAUUUAAGGAUUAAAUAAGAAAAACUUGUUGAUCAUAUUGAGUUUUUGCAUGUAGGGACACUCAUAAAUAUUCUUAAUAUGUCGACAAAAAUAAGAGUUGUAAAAACCUUCCUCAAGACUUUUGAUUGUUGUUUUACUACAAAGGAUGUUCAGUAUGAAAGGUAUAUGUCAAAUCUGUGAUGCUUUAAAAAUAUGUCUCAUUUGUAAAAAGUAUAAAGCAUGGGGGUGAGUGGGACCUCAGUUUAAUACAUUUUUCAGUUUACAUAAUUUGGCAGUUAAAUUGGCAGUUUUGAGAGUAUCAAGCCUGUCUCAUCAAUAAUGGGUCAAAUGUUGAGUAUUCACAACAGUAAAUGUUUCAUGUUUGAUAAUGGUAAAAAGAUUUCCCCUUUUUCCUCUGCUGCCUUUAUCUCUGCAGAAAACAGUUGUUACUUCUGUAGUCAAUGUGUCAAAGGUUUUGUGCAAAUUAUUAACACACCUCUUCACCAACUAUAACAAAAUUCACCUCACAGAGGUUAAAGCAACCUCAGGUGUUCUCUUACUGAUUUAAAUCAACUCCGAAAUCAAAAGUGCAAUUUUGAAACUUUGAUAGAUUUGUGAUUUUCUGGAGGCCAGCUGUGAACUGUCAAGGAUUAAGGAUAUUGUAUCUCCAAAGAGCAAUUUGUGUUACAGCCAGCAAUCAACAUAAUCGUCACGCAGACAAAGAGAGAUAAAACAAUAAACCAUUCAGAAGACAGCGGCCAUAAAUAAGACUGUGGCAAUAAAUAGAAUAAGUCAAAUCAAAAAUAAAACCACAGUCACAAUUGUUAGUGGCUUUCAGCCCUUUACUGCUUGUUUUAUUGUUAAGGGAAUUAUUUGGAGGUGCUCAUUUCCUUAGGCUGCAGAUUUGGAGGAUAGUUUGUCUUUUUAUUGCUACUUUUUCAGAGAUGUCUUUUAAUAGAUUAAUUUAAAAUAUUAUCACUGUAGCCAAUACGGGUUUGACUGUAAUAUCCCUAUAGAUCCUCUUUGUGUAACUGAUCUCUGAACACUUGUAUGUGUUGGAUGAUAAGGAUCCGAUGUCUUUCAUUUCAGAUGAAGUGGACUGAAGUUGUGCAGGACUGCUCUAAAGCUGUGGAGCUGAAUCCACGCUACGUCAAAGCUCUCUUCAGAAGAGCUAAAGCCCUGGAGAAACUGGACAACAAGAAGGAGUGUCUAGAGGGUAAGUCUGACUUCUCAAAACCUAAUUUUGAUUUUUGAAAAUGUGACUUGAAAUCAUAGCCCUUUGUCUUCUCCCGCAGACGUCACAGCUGUAUGUAUUCUUGAGGCCUUCCAGAACCAACAAAGCAUGCUGCUAGCAGACAAGGUGCUGAAACAGCUGGGAAAAGAGAAGGCCAAAGAGAAAUACAAAGUAAUUGUCCACUUUUUGAGCAGUUUCUCUAUUUUUCUUUCUCUGUGUUGUCCAAGUCAACUUAUUCUCCACUUAAACCCUCUUCUGCAGAACCGUGAGCCCAUGAUGCCUUCUCCUCAGUUUAUCAAAUCCUACUUCAGCUCAUUCACAGAUGACAUAAUCUCGCAGCCCCUACAGAAAGGGGAGAAGAAAGACGAAGACAAGGACAAGGAGGGGGAGGCGUCAGAGGUUACUGAGAGGUGAGACAGAAUUUACUUAGUGUGUGUUUACUGUUCAACAGACUGUUUACUCAGUCAUUUUCUGGAACAAAAACAACACUUCAUUCCACUUUUAUUUUAUCAUUUUACUUUUGUUUUCAUGCCUGACUCACAGCGCAAGGUGUGAUAUAAAAAGUAGGAACGCAGGUUUAGAAAUGAAAAACUAAAAGGAACUUUUCUUUUUUAGAUUAAGGGAGCCUUUGAGAGUUAGACAGGUUUUUCUAGGGUUUUUCUGUGAAGCAAAAAAAUCCCUCUAUCUUUUUAACAGCUUGACUUCCUUCUUACUGUCAGAGUUUGUCCCUAAAAAUGUAAAUAAAGACUUUUUUCAGUGUGCUGAAAAUUUGCAUUGUUAGAAACCAACCAGGCACAAGUAUUGUCUGAUUUCUGUCUUUAUUUUGUACCUGAUGAUAAAUAGCAGUAUUAAUUUAUGGAGGAGUUCCAUAUACUUACAAUACAAAGAACAAAACAAGGCAAUAAAAAAGGUAAAAUCCAUAAAUUCAUAAGAUUGCAGACUCACCAACAAUAGGAUGGCCAGUGAACCAAAGUGAGGUCAGGUAAAGCUGUCCUAUAAAAGCAUGUUUUAAGAGAUGUUUGAAAGUGGUCACUGAAUCUGCUGACCUGGUUUUCUCAGGCAGCCAGAGCUUCAGGGCUUCGACUGUGAAUGCCCUGUCACCCCUAGUUUUCAGCCAAGCCUCAGGAACACAUAAAAGGCCUCUACCCAAGCAUGCAGCAGGCUGUAAGCUGACUCUUAUGCAACAAAAAGGUCAGAUAUGUAGCAUGGAGAGAGGCUAAUAGAUCUUUAAAAUGGUCCAAAAACAUAAUAGAAGUCGAUGCAGGGAGGCUUAAUUGCUCUUGGGCCCAAUCCCAAACCGCCCCCUACACACUCGCCCCUCACUACCGAGUGUCACUCGUAAUGAAGUGACACUCGCAGCUGUGGAGUGCGCCUCAUUUGAAAUGGGAGGGCAUAAACAAGACAGGUGAUUAUGGGAUGCCCUCCUCACUCCACCGGAAAACAGAAAGAUCCAUCGCCAUAGCAAUAUAGAGACGCGUUCUUCUCUAAGGGUAUCGGGUAUCAUGUACAGUUCUGAGCCGCACCGGCUGCCUCGUUUUUUUGUUUUUUUUUAUUGUCCCAAUGAAAUCAUAAAUCCAGCUCCUUUACAGUGACAGGAGCUAAAUUAAACUUCUGAUUGUUGAUGAUUCCACACGUCUUUGAACUCCUUUACUAUUUGACAAGUGCCUGCACAAGCAAAUUAAACCUCAGCACAGAGUAAGAUUUCAAAGUUUCAUUUGAUCUUUCCGAACCACGUCUUUGAGGUUUUUUUUGUUAUUUUUUGACAGUAAGACAAAGGUGGACACUUACAGAACUUAUAUUUGUAUGUUGUUUCCUCCUCCUCCGUUUUUGCCGUCGUGAGUGAGCAUCGGUGCAGACUAGCUAUUUGAGGGCUGAACGGUCCACUCGCCCUCCUCACUCUGUGGUCUGGGACGGCCUUCAAUAUGGCGGAGCCUCCGCAGGGACGCUCAAAUGUGGGGCGAGUGUGUAGGGGGCAGUUUGGGAUUGGGCCUUGGUUUUUUGUUUCUGGCUAAAAGUCUGGCAGCUGAGUUCUGUUUCUGUAAUCUGGUACCAGUUAGUAGAUUUUUUUUGUGAAAAUCUGUUAACUGAAUAACAACAGAUCAGUAACGUAUUUGUUAUCAUGAGAAAACAAACUUUGUUAUGUCGAGAUAACAAGAUAAUAAGUCAUUAUCACAAGAUGACAGUGCAUAAAAAAAAAAGAAAAUCCAUGGCAGUUCUCGUUUUCCGUCUUUAUCUGCUUUUCAAUUACUAUAAAUAUAAAAUGCACAACAUAAGUGGAACCACAACUGCACUGGCUUAGCCUAGUGCUCAAAGUCGUGCACCCCAUGCACAGAGGCCAAGGUCCUCAAGCGGAUAUCUUGAGUUUGAUUCCAACCUGCAGCCUCUUUCUUGCAUGUCACUCCCUGCUUUCUCUCCUGGUUUUCUGUUCUUUCCACUGUCCUUUCUUCUAAAAAUGAAGUGAUAACAUUAAAAAGAUCAAAAAUAUUUAAAAAAUAAAGUUGAUUCGUGUCGUUUGCAGGCUUUUUAAAAUUAUGCCAAUAUAUUGAUUAUGCAUGACUUUGUUUUUACAAUUCUUUUAACCCAGAUAUUUAUCUUGUGUGUUUUUUAUUUCAUCAAAAUCCCCAAAUUUCUUUAGAAGUAUUUUAACUAUACAAUUUUUCUCUUUUAUUAUUGCAACACUACUUGUCAGGGGUCAAAAUUUUACACACAAUUAAGAAAGUUCUGAAGGAGGAAUAGGAGAGUAGAUCAGUGGUGAAAUAUCCUUUAAUCUGACUAAUAUGGUGAUUACCAUUUGAAGCACUAUAUACAUUAAACUAAAAUGAAACUCUCCUGGUUGGAUCGACAGCAAAAUAGAAAUAAAACUAUGAGUAUGAAAACUGUCAGAUCAUGGAGUUUUCUUCACCUGGUAGAUUUUUAUUCUAAUCUAUGUCGUCACUUAUCUCUAGCUCUGGCUACCUGAAGGCAAAGCAGUACAUGGAAGAAGAGAACUAUGAUAAAAUCAUCAGUGAAUGCACCAAGGAGAUCGAGUCCGGAGGUCGAUACACAGCUGAGGCUCUGCUGCUGCGAGCCACUUUCUACCUGCUGAUCGGCAACGCCACCGCUGCUCAGCCUGAUCUGGACCGAGUCAUCAAUAUGCAGGACGCCAAUGUAAAGGUAGAGAUUUGUUAUGAGCUCCUACACUGCCUUCUUACAGUUGUAUUCACUGCUUUUUCAACUUUGACUUGACUUUGAUUGUGGUUUUGCUUUUGUAAUUUUUUUUCUACUAUGCUGUUCAGUUUUGUCCUUUUCUUGGGGUUGCAUACUUGUAUGAAGAGUAUGCAUCUAUUAAGACUGUCAAGCCUGUUUCAAGGAAGGUUUUACAAACAACUGUCUGUAGCCUUAUGCUCUAUUAUAUGAUAACCAUAACAAAUGAGUAAACAAUUAUAAGUUUCAGUGACCAGCUUCCAAAGCCCUACUUGUGUUUCCGUAGUAACAGGUCUCAAAUAGCAGAAGAGGGCUUUGCUUUGAGUUAUGAGGCAGAUAUUUGCACGCAGACAGUGAUCAAUGUUGGGUAUAUUUCCAUUUUUCAAUAACUUCAAACUUAUAUCUAUUUGAACUUCAUAGUGUCUCUAUGUCACAUGAGGUUUCUCUAGAUUUGUCAGGGCAUAACUCUUUUCACAUACUGUGUCUUCAAGCUAAAGCAGAGUGAAUUUGUCCUGCAUUUUAAUACAAGCAUUUAUUAAAAGCUUAUCAGCUGAUCGGUUGUCAAGUAAAAACAUUUUUUUAAGCAUUAAAGUCUUUGACCUGACAGCUUCUCUCUCUUCUGUUGUCUAUUUUUUCAGCUACGAGCCAACGCUUUGAUCAAGCGUGGCAGCAUGUACAUGCAGCAGCAGCAGCCCCUGCUCUCCACCCAAGACUUCAAUAUGGCAGCCGAGAUCGACUCGCGCAACCCUGACGUCUACCACCACAGGGGUCAGGUAGGACGCUUUGAUAACUGACUGGCUGUCUGUUUACAACAGCCUACUUUAUCUUUGCCCUGCCUCACCAAAUGUGAUAGUCAUAUUUUUAAAAUCUGUUUCCCUUCAGCUGAAAAUCCUGCUGGACCAGGUGGACGAGGCAGUGGGAGACUUUGAUGAGUGUAUCCUGCUCAGGCCUGACUCAGCCCUCGCUCAGGCGCAGAAAUGCUUUGCUCUCGUAAGUAAUUGAAGAUGGAUCACUUAAAAAAUAAAUGUGCCAGAAUCCAACUUGAACCUUUACAAACCUAAAAUAUUUUUUAAUUUCAGUUGUUGCUAAAUUCAAAGAUUACCUGAUAAGUUUCUCUCUCAUUCUGCUCUCCAGUACAGACAAGCAUAUACUGGAAACAACCCAUCACAAGUACAGAAAGCCAUGGACGGCUUUGAGGACGUUAUCAAAAGGUUCCCCAAGUGUGCAGAGGGCUACGCUCUGUAUGCUCAGGUACUAAAUUUACUUUCGAACAUGAGUGGUUGUUUGAAUUUUUAUCACUUCAGUUCAUCAUGAUAAAUAGUUUAAAGUUCUUUAGACUGACUGAAGCCCACCUAAUGGUUUCUAUAACUUAAUUUCUCAUUUUUCAGGCUUUGACCGAUCAACAGCAGUUUGGAAAAGCAGAUGAGAUGUAUGACAAAUGUAUUGAACUGGAACAAGACAAUGCUACCACAUAUGUCCACAAGGGGUAUGUUUUAUUUUAAUUCUUAUAGUUUUGAUAGGAUGGUGUUUUGUAAUAUAACGGGGUAUAUAAUAUGUGAGUGAGUCACUAAAUGUUCAUUCUCUGUUCAGUUUGUUACAGCUUCAGUGGAAACAGGACCUUGACUUGGGUCUGGAGCUUAUCAGCAAGGCCAUAGAAAUUGACAACAAAUGUGACUUUGCCUAUGAAACUAUGGGAACCAUCGAAGUUCAAAGGUAAGGGUUACAAUAGGCUGAGUUUGACAAAAAGGUCUCUUCUCAAAGAGACCCCAAAACGUUGUGAAAAUGUCUCAAGCAUUUACUGCAUGCCAGAUGCCAUAGGGUAUGAGAGAUCAUCAAUAUUUAAGUCUUGAAAUAACCUGUGAAUUUAUCUCCCAGGGGCAAUCUGGACAAGGCAAUAGACAUGUUCAACAAGGCCAUUAACCUCGCCAAGUCAGAGAUGGAGAUGGCUCAUUUGUAUUCAUUAUGUGAUGCAGCGUACGCCCAGACUGAAGUGGCAAGGAAGUACGGCCUGAAACCUCCAACGCUGUAACUCCUUCGCCAACUGAUCGCCAAUCUCUUCACUACUCAACCUAACUGUGUUCAAAGUACAACUGUCUAUUUGAUUUGUAAAAAAGAGUACUGGGGUAUGAAAGAGGACGAAUAAAAAGCCUGGAUGCAUAUGCAGUAUAUAUAUAUUUUAUUUAGAUAUAUAAAUAUAUGCAUAUAUACUGUGUUUACAUUACAUUACAGGGGUUUGUGAUCGGAGAAAGGAAGAUAUCUAGUAACAAAAUGAGGCUGCAUUGCAGGUUUAUGGUUAGUGAAGUUGUUUGUCAGGUUGGAAACUUCAACCAGAAGAUCGUGACCAGAAUGAGUAGAAAGAUUGAAUCAUCUAGAGGGAGAAGAAUACAUGAAUGUCCAUGUAUAGCUAUCUAAGUGAAAAGAAACUAUGUAUGACAAUGAAAAGGGGGCAGUUUGUUGAAGCAAUUACUGACUCAAAGGCUUUUGUUGUUCUUAAAUCUACAGAAAAUACUGUGACAGCUUUACUUAGUUCUAAUGGACUGUUCACAUCUUUAAUUUAUGCUGAUUUAAAGUGGUUUUGUCCAGCUCCCUCCACAUUGUAACAUACUUUAUCAGUUGAAAAUGCAAGAUAAAAGUUCUAGUCUAAUGUGUAACGUCUGUGUUUGUGAUGCUGGAAUUGAUCCCAUGAACACAGGGAAACAGAGAGACGUUAGUUUAGCAUCCUGAAGUGUUUUUUUUUUUUAAUUAUGGGAUUGCUUGUUUCUUUUUUUUACAAACUGUGCAGCAUGUUGACUUUAUAAAUAAAUGUAAAUGCAUUGCUCGUGCUGUCUUGAACACUAGUAAAAACUCAAAGAGACUGGGCAUAAAAACUUUGGAUUAGAAACCAACUUAAGGUCUUUAGUUUUUUGAAAUUGUUGUUUUGAAUUGCCUUUAGAAGAUGUCACAAGGGAUUGGAUAUCGAGUGUUUUUGUUUUUCUUAGCCCACUUUAAUUGAGAAACAUGAUUUAUUUUCUAUUUAACUGUGAAAAGUUUAUUUUCAUGCUGCAUUUGGUUUUCACAUUUUGACAGAGUAACCUGAAAACAGCUCUAUUUUUUCCUCUCCUUUUCAAACAACCUCACAGCUUGAGCCUUAUUUUUUGAAACCUCCUGCUGCCAUAAAAACCUUCAUGUUAACUGUAUAAUUUGGUUCCAAAGUAGCAUCCAUACUAUCCAUAAAAAUGAAACAAGCCAACACUGCUAAUGUUUGUACUUAUGAGGCACUAAACUCAAAGGCUCAUGAUGUGAUAGUCGUUCAUGUAGCAGCAGUGCAGGCCAAGUUUUAUUCAUGUGUGGUAACAACAAGGAACCAAAUAAUACAUUCAUGCUGCCGCUGAGGAGGACUACUGCUUCAGAAAACAAAUGAACAUUUACUUUUCAGAACCUGAUGUAAAAACAGCAAAUAUUCUGCAAAUAUCCACCUGAUUUUUGGCUGUUUGAUAGUAAUUAUACUCAACAUUCUUCAUCAACGAUGUGUAUGGUGACCAAAGUGACAGAAAAUAUAAAUCCUAAUAAAGUUCCUGGAAUGAAUUUCACUUUUACAAA